AUGGAUUUUCCUUACAGUCUACCACUACUCCUAAGAAAGCAAAUAAAGGUAUUGAAGGUGCAUUACAGAAAAUAUAAGUUGCUCCGUGGGAGGCUUUUGGUUUGGUGUUUGAACCCCUUGAACGUGGUCUUGAGCUCAAUAUUUAUAGGAGGAGUCCUGGAGGGCCAAUCGAGGCUGAAAAAGAUCUGCCUGGUGACCUUGAAAAAUAUCUGCAUGGUGGAGCCUGAUCGAGGCAAGUGGGUAGUCAAAUCGGCAUUUGGGAUUGUGAAGCAUGGUGGUAUGACCCCCAUAAAUCUCGGCAAAUCUCGGCCACCGCCCUGA